AUGGUAAGUACCCUGACCUACGAUAGCACAUGCACUCUUUGUUUGGUGAAAAAAUAUAUUGGUUUUGGAUUAAAGCGCAAAGUGUUAAUCUCCAACGAUGGGGAUGAUGUGCGAUGUGAUUGCUAUUCUCUUGAGACAAAAGGAAUUCCAUGUAGACAUAUUUUUAUUUCAUUGAAGAAUUUGGAGAGAAGAAGUUUGCCAAUUUGUUUGGUAAAUAGACGUUGGCUAAAAGAUGCUAAAGAAGUUCAACUGUUGACUCAAGGUAAUGAAAUAAAGUGUCCUCAUCCUGAAGUUAUUGAAAAUUCUAGGUACGGUGGUGUAACCACACAAACUACUAUCACAUCGUACCUUGCUACAAGAUCACGAGAAGCAUUUCAAAAGGCUAUGAAAGUUAUAUCAGAGUUGAAUGCAGAAUUGGAAAAAAUGCCACCAGAUGAAGAGUUAAAACAUCCUCAAAAUGAUGAAGAAGUAUUUCCUAAUAAUAUUUUGGACUCUCAGAUUAAAAAAACAAAAGGCAGACCAACUACAGCCAGUUUGUCGAAAUCAUUCUCUGGAGGUGCAAAGAAGAGAAAACCAAAAAAAUCGCUAUUACAUUGCAAGUAUUGUGGUGAGGUUGGACAUGAUUCAAGGAAUUGUCCUAUGCAGCCAAAGUCCACUACAAAGAAAAAUGGUCAUUCGAAGAAUAAGAAGAAAAAAAUCAAUCCAUGA